AUGGCUAGAGCUAUUGAACAACUCAUCGCUUUCUUGACUGAGCAAGCGGAAAGAGCUGGGAAUGGAGGUGGACACCAACCAGCAGAAGAGGAUGUCUACCACGGAUUGGACAAGUUUCUGAAGCGAGAUCCACCAAAGUUUGAAGGGGGUUACAACCCCGACGGAGCAUAUGAGUGGAUCCGGGAGUUAGAAAGGAUUUAUGAGACGUUGACUGGAGUAAGAGGGAGGAUUACUCCAGCAGAUGGAGCCAUAACCUGGGAAAUCUUCAAGAAUACAUUUAGGGAAAAGUACUUCCCAGUGGAUGCGAAGGGAAGGAAAAAGAUGGAAUUUUUGGAGCUGAAACAAGGUAUUAUGUCGGUUGGAGAGUACGCAGCUAAGUUUGAAGAACUGUGUCAAUUCCACCCACAUUAUAGUGCAGCGGCUGAUGAGACCUCAAAGUGUGCCAAGUUUGAAUAUGGACUGAGGCCAGACAUUAGGACUGCUGUAGGACAUGACCAGAUUCGGAACUUUGCUACUCUGGUGGAAAAGUGUAGGAUUUUUGAGGAGAAUGAGAAGUCCAGAAAGGAGUACUUGAGGGGACAAGGUGUUAACAAGGCACCAAAGAAGAAAUAG